AUAACCCAUCCAUCAUCUACACCUCGCGACCACAUUGCUACUGCUCAACCUCACGCGCCGUCAAAAGUCGUCCCAUCAGAUCACUUGCGCCAAGAACAUCUACUCCACCCAUCGACUUCUACCGCAAUGGCCGACAAGGAAAUCAAGGAAGGCGACCAAGUCUCCUGGCAAUGGUCCGGCUCCCGUCCUGGCGGCGAAGUGGCCGAGGUCAAAGACCAAGGCAAGGUCGAAAUCGAGACCAAGCGCGGCAACACCGUGCACAAGAACGCCGAGCCCGACAACCCGGCCGUCAAGAUCUCUCGCUCCGGUAACGAUGUCGUAAAGAAAGCCUCCGAGCUCAAGGUCGACAAGGAGGGCGACAAGCACAAGGAAGCUCCCGGCGACGAGAAGACGGUGUCCAAGGACGAGGCGGAGAAGAGCGAUGAAAAGGACGACGAGAAGAAGGAGAACGGCGACGCUGAAACCGGUGACAAGCGCAAGGCUGAGGACACUGCGGAGGAGAAGAAGGAUGAAGAGGAUGGUGAUGCAAAGAAGCAGAAGAAGGACAAUGGUGCCUCCAAGGCCAACGGCGAUGCUGCGCCGAAGAAGAAGGGCCGUCCGGCGAAGAGCGCUAAUGGCGAGACUGCGGCGAAGAAGGACACCAAGAAGAAGGAGCCCAAGAAGGCUGCCACUGAGUCUGCCACAUUCGUCGCCAACGUCAUCUGA